CUGCUCCUCGGUUUUCAGCUCUCUUCCCCACCCCCUUAUGCCGUGCGGUGUGGUGUCGUAUUUUAAAGGCUGUGUGUGGAUGGACAUGCAUGGGGAAAACAUGAGGGGAAAGAAGCAAAGAAUCAGAACGUCGGGGCUAGGAGAAACCUAGACCUCUGCUCUCUCUCAUUUUGCAGACCCUGGAACUCCAGGGUCAAAUAAACAAGCAGCCGGUCACAGUGAUCACAAAACCCAGUAUUCUUACUAGCUGGAUUGGUAUUACCGUUAAACCUAGAGAACCUCCUGCCUGUGUCUUUUCAGCUCUCUCUCUCAGAGGGAUCUCAAAAAGUUCUUUAUUCCUAGUAAGGGGUGAACUAGCAGAGAGGGGCUAACCAGGCGGAGAGGUAAAGGCGCGGUACCUGGGCUCAGUUUUUCCACUGGGAUUCCGGAAACCUCAUCUACCUUGGAUUGCAAGAUCGCAGACCUAGCUCAUCACUCGGCCAUCGGGACAAGGGAGAAUAGCCCUCAAGCUCCUCCUCCGCCCCGCACCCACCCCGGCUAUUCGGUAGUGGGGGAGGUUCCAUCCAUCAUUCUACCCAAACACGGCGCGGGCUGCUUCUGUGAUCCGGGAGGAGGCCGCUGGUCCGCGGUUCCGAGGAAAUGGCGAGAUUUAGAGGCCAUCCAGUCCAAGCCUGUGUCUUACAGAAGUUCCUAGAGAUGAAAACGCACCGGGAACCGCUUUGAACCCACGCCUCCUGACUCUGACUCCAACGCGCUCUGCCCGAUGCGCCCGAGUCCCUCUCCCCGAGGCUGGCCUGGCCCCCUCGCCGGGACCCUUGCGGUCCGCGCGGUCCGAAGCUGCUUCUCAGCCAAAGGGAGAGAGAGAGACUUCCUCGGGCCCCUUUAAGGAGAACCGGGGCGGGAGGGAGCGGAGAGGAGAUCAGAGACAGACCGGCGGCGGGUCUCCUCCAGGCCGCGGACUGGCCGAGGCGAAGCGAGGGGCGUCUUCGGCCGGGGAGUGGGUGAGACGCGGCUGCCCGGGGCCGGUGAUAGAUACUGUGUGUUCCUUUCCCCGCGGCCACGUGGGGAGGAGCCCGGAGUGGGCUGGGCUGCGAGGGGAGGGGAAGCCUUGGCCCGCCUGCUCGGGGGCGGCCGGAGCGGGGACGUCCCGACCCAUGGACGAGCCGCGGCACAAAGGCGCGGAGGAUCCCAGCAGCCCGAGCCGGCCCCGAAGGAAUUUUCUUACCGACCUGUCUUCUGGUGGGAGAGGAGGAUGCCCGUCUCCAUCUUUCUACUUCUCCUCUUCUGAUUUGAGGAAACCAGGAGCAUCCUCUCCUCUGGAGCCUUUGGAGCUGGGAGUUCCCGGGGGCCAUGCAAAAGGUGGGGGCUGCUGGCCGGAGGGCCUCCGACACUGCCCUCAUUCCGCACAGGUCAAGGGGCAUUACCAAAUUUGCCCAGUAUGUGGGCUCCUUUGUGGUCGAUGACCUGGGACUUCAGGAGAAAGUGUGGAUGGUCCAGCAGCAGCUGUGGGCCUUGAAGGACUGCCCCAGGCGAAGAGCUGUGAUCCUGAAAUUCAGUCUUCAGGGUGUCAAGAUCUACGGUGCGGAGGGGGAGACCCUCCUGAUGGCUCACGCCCUGAAGAGGAUCCUGUACUGCACCUGGUGCCCAGCGGAAUGCCAGUUUGCCUUUAUCUCCCGGAAUCCCCGGAGCCCGGCCAGCAAGCUCUUCUGUCACUUGUUUGUGGGCAGCCAGCCUGGGGAGGUCCAGAUCCUGCACCUCCUGCUUUGCCGUUCCUUCCAGCUGUCGUACCUCUUGCAGCACCCCGAGGAUCAGGCCCAGCCUGGGCCGGGGCUCCCUGCUGAGGAGCCCCCCAAGCCGCUGCCCAGCCCCGGGGGCCCUGCUGCCAUGGUCAGGGAGCCCUUUGGCCGAGAUCAAGUCUCUCAAAAUGUCCACGCCCUGGUUUCCUUCCGGCGGCUGCCAGCCCCCAGUGAUGGCCCAGCAGGAAGCACAAAGGAAAUGUCCGAGGCAGAAGGUCGGGGGGCUGGCCGUCACCCCCGACUCGGGAACCCUUACUGCUCCCCAACCCUGGUGCGAAAGAAGGCGAUUCGGAGCAAAGUGAUCCGCUCGGGAGCGUAUCGUUGCUGUACCUAUGAGACCCAGCUGCAGCAGUCUGCCAGGGAGGCCUUUCCGGCUGCCUGGGAGAGCUGGGCUCAGGGGGCCAGUGGCCUGGUUUGCCUGGUGGAGAGUGAGGGGAGCCUGACGGAGAACAUCUGGGCCUUUGCCGGCCUCUCCAGGGCCCGGGCACUCGCCCUGCUCCGAAAAGAUGUGCUAGGAGCCUUUCUGUUGUGGCCCGAGUCUGGAUCCAGUGGCCAGUGGUGCCUGUCCGUGAAGACACAGUGUGGUGUGGUCCCCCAUCAGAUCUUCAGGACCCAUUUGGGCAAAUUCAGUGUGGAACAUCUGCCCGCGGAAUUCCCCAGCCUGGAGGCCUUGGUGGAGCAUCACUCCGGAGCCGAGCGCAGCCUUUUCUGUCCAUUGGACAUGGGACGCCUGAACCCCUGCUACGAGGCACAAGACUGUGGCCGGCCUACAUGGCCCCGGGGCCACCCUAAGCAUGAACCUCGGCAGCAAGAACUGGGCUAAGGCCACUUUUGAAUUCCCUGAUGCCCUAGCACUGAGAGAGACAGAGACAGAGACAGACAGAGACACAGAGGACAGAGAGACAGAGACAGACAGAGACACAGAGGACAGAGAGACAGAGACAGACAGAGACACAGAGGACAGAGAGACAGAGACAGAC